GCGUUUCCUGGGCUUUCCUGAAGAAAAUGCACGCAGUGUUUCCUCUGGAUGACGGCCUUUGCUUCCCCUAGGACCUGGCAGUUAGGCUCUGGAGUGUGUUACUGAUUCAUCCUCUCUCUGCCUCUGUCAUCGCAGGUUUAAACUUAAACGAUCGCUCCCCGAGGAGGAGGGGACCCGCCGCGCGAUUGACAGUAUAUUCCUGCAGGCGCCGUCCCUCAGCCCCCACCCCACGGCCGGAUUCCCGUGGCUCUCCUCAGGGCUGAAACCGGAGAAGAAAUCCUUAGAUCUCUUGUCUUUACAACAAAUACGAACCUAGAAACCAUCGGCAUUUUGCCUUGGCGUUUCGUAUUGGAAAGAUGAAGAAGUUUUUCGACUCCAGGCGAGAGCAGGGGAGCUCUGGCCUGGGUUCAGGCUCCAGCGGAGGAGGGGGCAGCAGCUCAGGCCUGGGCAGUGGCUACAUCGGAAGGGUCUUCGGCAUCGGGAGGCAGCAGGUCACCGUGGACGAGGUGUUGGCGGAAGGUGGAUUUGCUCUUGUCUUCCUGGUGAGAACAAGCAAUGGGGUGAAGUGUGCCUUGAAACGUAUGUUUGUCAACAAUGAACACGACCUCCAGGUGUGCAAGAGGGAGAUCCAGAUCAUGAGGGACCUAUCAGGGCACAAGAACAUUGUGGGCUACAUUGAUUCUAGUAUCAACAAUGUGAGCAGUGGCGACGUAUGGGAAGUUCUCAUUCUCAUGGACUUCUGCAGAGGAGGCCAGGUGGUAAACCUGAUGAACCAGCGACUCCAGACAGGCUUUACAGAGAAUGAAGUGCUGCAGAUAUUUUGUGAUACCUGUGAGGCUGUGGCCCGCCUGCAUCAGUGCAAAACUCCUAUUAUCCACCGGGACCUGAAGGUUGAAAAUAUCCUCUUGCAUGACCGAGGCCACUAUGUCUUGUGUGACUUUGGAAGUGCCACCAACAAAUUCCAGAAUCCACAGGCCGAGGGAGUCAAUGCAGUAGAAGAUGAGAUUAAGAAAUACACAACGCUCUCCUAUCGAGCCCCAGAAAUGGUCAACUUGUACAGUGGCAAAAUCAUCAGUACGAAGGCAGAUAUUUGGGCUCUUGGCUGUUUGUUAUAUAAAUUAUGCUACUUCACGUUGCCAUUUGGGGAGAGCCAGGUGGCAAUUUGUGAUGGAAGCUUCACAAUUCCUGAUAACUCUCGAUAUUCGCAAGAUAUGCACUGCCUUAUUAGGUAUAUGUUGGAACCAGACCCUGACAAAAGGCCGGAUAUUUACCAGGUUUCUUACUUCUCAUUUAAACUACUCAAGAAAGAAUGCCCAGUUCCAAAUGUACAGAACUCUCCCAUUCCUGCAAAGCUUCCUGAACCAGUGAAAGCCAGUGAAGCAGCUGUAAAAAAGACCCAGCCAAAGGCCAGACUGACAGAUCCCAUUCCCACCACAGAGACUUCAAUUGCACCCCGCCAGAGGCCUAAAGCUGGGCAGACUCAGCCAAACCCAGGAAUCCUUCCCAUUCAGCCAGCCCUGACUCCUCGAAAGAGGGCCACUGUUCAGCCCCUACCUCAGGCUACAGGACCCAGCAAUCCGCCUGGACUUCUAGCCAGUGUUUCCCAACCUAAAGCCCAAGCCGCACCCAGUCAACCUCUUCAGUCAUCUCAACCCAAGCAGCCACAAGCUCCAGCCACCCCACAGCAGACACCGGCUACCCAGACCCAAGGUCUGCCCAGCCAGGCCCAGGCCACUCCCCAGCACCAGCAGCAGCUCCUCCUCAAGCCACAGCAGCCACAGCAGCCACAGCCACAGCCACAGCCACAGCCACAGCAGCCUACAGCACCACCACAGCCAGCAGGCACCUUUUACCAGCAGCAGCAGCAGCAGCAGCAGCAGCAGCAGGCUCAGACUCAGCAGUUUCAGGCAGUACACCCAACAGCCCAGCAACCAGUCACUGCUCAGUUCCCUGUGGUGUCCCAGGGAGGCUCUCAGCAACAGCUGAUGCAGAACUUCUACCAGCAGCAACAGCAGCAGCAACAGCAGCAGCUGAUGGCUCAACAGGCUGCCCUGCAGCAGAAGACUGCUGUGGUAGUACCACAGCCUCAGGCACAGCCAGCCUCAGCCCCACAGGCAGUCGCUGCCCAGGAGCCUGUGCAGAUUCAAGCCUCAGCAAGACAACAGCCAAAAGUUCAGACAACUCCACCUCCAACCAUCCAGGGACAGAAAGUUGGGUCUCUCACUCCUCCAUCAUCCCCCAAAACCCAACGUGCUGGGCACAGAAGGAUUCUCAGUGAUGUAACCCACAGUGCAGUCUUUGGGGUUCCUGCCAGCAAAUCAACCCAGCUGCUUCAGGCAGCUGCAGCUGAGGCCAGUCUCAAUAAAUCUAAGUCUGCAACCACCACUCCCUCAGGCUCUCCACGGACUUCACAGCAGAAUGUUUCUAAUGCUUCAGAAGGCUCCACAUGGAAUCCUUUUGAUGACGACAACUUCUCCAAACUCACAGCUGAAGAGCUGCUGAACAAGGACUUCGCCAAGCUUGGGGAAGGAAAGCUUCCUGAGAAGCUUGGUGGCUCUGCAGAGAGUUUGAUCCCAGGCUUCCAGCCAACACAAGGAGAUGCCUUUGCCACUUCCUCAUUUUCUGCUGGAACCGCUGAAAAAAGGAAGGGGGGGCAGGCUGUGGACUCUGGCAUCCCACUUCUAAGUGUGUCUGAUCCCUUUAUUCCUCUUCAAGUACCUGAUGCUCCAGAAAAACUAAUCGAGGGACUCAAAUCUCCUGACACUUCUCUUCUGCUCCCUGACCUCUUGCCUAUGACAGAUCCUUUUGGCAGCACUUCUGAUGCUGUGAUUGAAAAAGCCGAUGUUGCUGUUGAGAGUCUCAUACCUGGACUGGAGCCACCUGUUGCCCAGCGCCUCCCAUCUCAAACGGAAUCUGUGACUUCGAACCGCACAGACUCUCUCACAGGGGAAGACUCUCUGCUUGACUGCUCUCUGCUUUCUAACCCUACUGCUGACCUUCUGGAAGAGUUUGCCCCCAUAGCACUCUCUGCUCCCACUCAUAAAGCUGCAGAAGAUAGUAAUCUCAUCUCAGGUUUUGGUGUCGCUGAGGGCUCCGAAAAGGUGGCAGAAGAUGAGUUUGACCCUAUUCCUGUACUGAUAACCAAAACCACGCAAGGUCUCCAGAGAGAGCCCAGUCCUUGUCCUGUAAUUACUGUAGAGCACUUUAAAGAAUCCGUGGGCACCAAAGGCCUCCCCCUUUAUCCAGAUCCCUGCAGAGCUCCUGGCACAAAGACUCAGAACACCUUAGAGUCUGAUUCUCUGGCCCGAGAGGGACCUUCCAGCAACAGCUCCUUCCAUAGCAGUGAGGAGGAGGGCACUGACCUGGAGGGGGACAUGUUGGACUGCAGUGGGUCUCGGCCUCUCCUUCUGGAGUCUGAAGAGGAGGAUGAGAGCUGCAGGCCUCUCCAGGAGAAGCUGGGAGAAGCCACCCUGUUCUCUGAAUCUGGAGUGUCCACUGAGCCAGAAGAAAGGGGACAAGGCGGGAAAAAGAGCCAGUUCGUGCCAAUCAACCAGCAAGCCUCAGAUGAUCUCGGGGAGCCUGAUGUCUUUGCUACAGCCCCCUUCAGGAGCUCUCUGGUUCCAGCAGACGAUAUAGACAUUUUCUCCAAAGCCCCUUUUGUUUCCAAGGGCAGUGUAGCUCCUUCCCAGACAGAGGAAGCGGAUGUGUUCUCCAGAGCUCCUUUUACCAAGAAGAGGAGCAUGGAUGAGUUCCUGGCUGUGCAGGGCUCCUCACAGGAUUUGCCGAUGCAGGCCAACCUCAGUCAGCCCAUCGAAGGGCUCCUGCUUGCAGGCCGAGAUAGAGCCCUGUACACCCCUGCACAUGCGCAGUAUCCUGUGACAGGCUUUGCAUCACAGGCUGGUCUCCCCUCCCACUCUGUCCAGGUGGCAGACCAUUUUGACAGCAACUCUCCCAGGGGCUCUCCCAUGAACUCUGGGAGCCAUUCUAAUGACAGAAACAGAGGACUGCAGCCCCAGAAAGAAGCCUUCUCAGGGCCAGCGGCCGGCAAGCCAUUCCGCCCCCAGGCGUUAUCCAAAUAUUCUAGACACUAUAGCCCAGAGGAUGAGCCAAGUCCAGAAGCCCAGCCCAUUGCUGCCUACAAGAUUGUUUCACAAAGUAAUAAGCAGUUGCUAGCUGGCUCUGUGUCGGUCGCGCCCCUGUCCUCCAGGACUGCAGAGCUGGCCACUGCCGAUCCUUUUGCUUUAGCUCCCUUUCCUUCGAAAGCAGGCAAACAGAAACCCUAGGAGCAGAGACUAGCCUGAGGCCUGCCUCCACACACCCCACCAGCACCUACCACACCACUCCUGGCUGGCCUUUCAGGGAGCAGACCCCAUCCACUGUGACCUUGCAGUCCUCUGCCUCAGAGCAGAAUCACUUCAAGGCAACUAGCCAAGUUGCUGCGAGACCCAGCAGAAGCUCCUUAAGUUACACUUACAGCUUUUGUUUAUAUUCAUUCCCAGGCUUGUAGGCAUUUGUGUCACCUUCAUAGAGGCCUUCCACCGCACUCAGAAUUCUGAUUUUUUUUUUUUCUGCCCAGAAACCCUUUUAAUCCAGGAAUAGUUUAUCCCCAGUUAAUGGGGGCUGUACCACGGCUUUGAAUUCCUACAGCUCCUGUAGGAGUCAUUUGCAUUGAGAAAUUAAGAUUGAUCACUUCAGGACUUAACAAUACUCUUGGAACAGAGAGAUUUCUAGAAAGAAGGGCAAUACAAACCUACUACACAUCUGGAGAAGUUAAUCUUCUGGCUACUCAUCAUUCAUUCCUAUGGAGUCAGCAGCUCGAAAAAUACUCUGGGAUCUGUCACUGAGUCUGAAGGAGCCAAGCUGGCCCUGUGCACACGUGUCUGGGUGCAUGCUGUAGGUCAGAUUCCUUGCCGUGGAAAGGAGUACACAGCUAGGAGAAGCACCCCGCCUCCUACGAUCUGCUUUUUAGACUACUGUGGACGCUUGAGUGCUCAUACGUAUAAGAACCCUUUGUCCUCUGAGUGAGACCACCAUGCCUACCUCCGUUAUCAAAUCACUCGAUUUCCCGCAGUUGCCUGUUAACCUGACUUGAACCUUGGCUUUAUUUAGAUUUUUCUUCUCAUGGUAGAAUUGAAGUUGUUGGACAAUAUGGGGCAAUCCUGCUGGAACUGAGGUGUCAGAGUGAAUUUUUUAAAUUCCAUUUAUCUGGUUUUGAAAAAUCAAUUUCCUAAAACUGGACAUGGUAGGUACCUCAUGACUGUAAUCCUAGCACUUGGGAAGCUGAGGCAGGAGGAUUGCCACAAGUUAGAGACAAACCUGAGCUUAAUACUGAAUUCCAGGUCACCAUGUCUCAACACCCUCUCCUCUCAGCCAAAAAAGUCAUCGGUCCUGUGUUUUGCUGGCAACAGGGGAAGAGAAUCUUCAGAGGCCCCGCCACUGGGAAUUCUGCCUGGGUACCAUUGUUGGGAAAUUCAUUAAUCAGGAGCCCUAGCCACAAGCUAAAUUUGCCUGGGUUUUCCCCAAGCCUUUCCCAUAUACCUCUACUGCUUCGUAAGUGAGUACAGACCUGAGACCUAGAAGUAAACUGAGAAUGGAAAAGAGCUGGUCAGUUGUCCUUGCAAAUCUUUAAAUGAUCUGUUCCUUUCAGGUGUUAAAGUAGAGCAGACAGGUGACUAGCUGCGUGUUCAGAAGUACGUUUUUCUAUGUCUGGACAGCUCUGACUCAUUUCUAGUGUUUUUCAUGCCCUUCAUCUUUACUGCCUUAAAAUAAGCCCUGACUCCAUGGGGGUGUUCCACUGAGGAAGAGUCGGCACCAAGCCCAGAUGCACACCCACUGCUUCUCACAGACACUUCCUCCGCCUGCCGGGGAGUGUGGAGAGCUAUGUACCAAACUAGAUGAGGGAUGUAAAAAUUGCUAGAAGCUAGGCAUGGUAGCAUACCACUGCAAGCAGGGUACACAGGUGGUACAGGAAGGAGUUCCAGGGCAGCCUAGACUACAUAGCACACUGUCCCAAAAGAGAAAAGAAGAAUUACUGAAAAUCCAUCCAGGACUGCAGCCUGAAUGCCAGGCUGCACUGGCAACCAAUUAGUUGUGAUAGCCUUUAAAUUUGAAAGUCGGGGUUUGGGUGCACAAUUUAGCAGAAGAAUGCAUGCUUAGCAUGCACAGUGCCCUGGGGUCUGUGGUCAGCACACAAAAAUAAUACAGUAAAAUCUAGACAGCUUGACGGGAACAUAAGAAUGCCUACUUUUUGUGGUGCCAGGCACCUUUAAUCCCAGAAUUUGUGAGGCAAGGACAGGUGGAUCUCUGAGUUUAAGGCCAGCCUGUCCACAUAACAAGUUCCAGGCCAUCCAGUGAGUGAAACCCUGUCUUUAGAGAGGGUAUUUUUUUCACUACUUUUCUUCUUAGCAUUCUCCACCUGUUUAAAUAACAGACGGUGUGUUGGGGCCAUAGCAGUGCCAGCUGAGGACUCAUCCACCAGAAACCUGCCUUUCACUUCAGUAAAGGCUAAAUGUUGUCUCUAGGAAUUUGCUUUCUCACAGUUAUUAUUUUUGAAUUUCCUGUAUAAUAGUGGAUACAAAUUGUCUUUCUAUUAGAUAAGUAGUUGGACUAAUACACAUGGAACUCUACAACCAAACUUCUCAUGCUUGUCGUCAGGCGAAGUCCGCCAAGGCACAGGCAGAACCGAUGGAGAUGUUCGGAGAGCCCCUGUGUGAUGUCACAGCUCCUCCCAGGGUGCAGCACAUACCUGUAGUCCCAGCUGCUUAGGAGGCGGGGACAGGAGAACAGCUUGAGCCCAGGAUCUCAUGGCCAGCCUUGGCAACACAGAAGGACCAUCUCUUGAUGAGGAACUUCAGAAUGGAAGGUCAAUAUCACCUCGGUGACAGGCUGCAAACUUCUUCCUUUGAUUACUGGAUUGCUCCGUCUAAUCAGCCAUUUCAACUUACAAGGUCCAAAUUAGAAUAAAAUCAUGGAUUCUUUAUCUUACAUAGUUUAAUCAUUUGUGAAGUGUGGGCUUAGGACCUCUUUUUAUUCUUGCUGGAGAUCUACUGAGUGGAAAGUCUAUCUACCAUCUUUGAAUAGAGAAUGAAUGUGACCACAUGUGGACUGUUUUUUUUCUUACAUAGUGAUUCGAGAAGGAAAUCUGACACAUGAUAAACAACAGAUGAAUUCUGAAGGAGGUGCUGGAAAGAAUCUGGAUUACAGGGACAGAGUGUAAUUUAAAGAUCAGGUGUCCUUGUGGGAUGCCAUCCUGAGUGGAAAUCCAGAGAUGUUUGUUUUAUAGGGAAUUAUGAGUGCUUAAAAUCUGUGAACAGUAGCGCGUUCCCAGUGACCAUACUGUAACACUUACUACAAGGAAGAGGAAAACAUUGUCAACAAAGCACUGCACUUUGUUUGUUUUAGUUUCUGCUGUGUGUUCGUCGCUUUGUGUAUUUCAUAGGAAACACCAGAGACUUUGCUCUUUUGACUCAGUAGACAGAAAUGAGCGUUAUCCUUAGGCAAUGCCUUAUGCUGUAUUGUGUACUAAUGAACUCCUAAAUGGCAUGCUAGGCUGGGAGCACACCUCAGAGACAGAGCUGGGCACAGCUGAGGGCCUAGGUUUAGCCCUGUUAACUGACUAGUGAGCACUGCUGACAGAGUUAACUUAUGUGUGGCCGAUUUCUUAGAUUACACCAAAUCCAUGGUUAGAGUCUAAACAAAUGAAGUGAAUUAAUGAAGUGAACUUCUGUGGCGUGCAGAGGCGGAAGGCAGCUUAGUAAGAUCUCACUGUCAAACCUUAAAGCGGCUUGGUUUAUAGUUAGGUAGUAAAGUGUUCACCUAGCAUGUGCAACCACUGGGUUUCUUUAACUCCAGUCCCGGGAGACAGCACAAGAUGCUUCUGCCAUGUGAUGGUGAGCGCCCUCACCAGAGAAAGUGGACAGAAGUUGGUGCUGAAAGCAGAUUUCAGCUCAUUCAGCCUGUUUUGUCCUGGCUUACUUGUGGAGUUGAAGACCUAUGUACUGGCAGAUGCCCCAGUGUGUGUGUGUGUGUGUGUGUGUGUGUGUGUGUGUGUGUGUAACAAUCUUCUUCUCACUAACCCAUGGUAUGUCUCAGUUUUUUUUGGCAACUGGGUUCUUCUAAAUGGUCAAGAAAAUACUGCUUUAGCAGCCUGUUGUAUAGUCAUGUGUUGGAGUCUAUGCUUGUCAGUGUUUUGAGCUAGUCUUCACUGGUGCGUGAAGUAUUAGAGUGAUCUGAUGAUAAGAAAUAAUGUAUUUUUAUUUUGUAAAUGAGAAUAAUCAAAGCAUGUAUCAAAUUGUGUGAUAUGUACGCAUUACUUUAAAUAGGAAACUUAAAGUGGAAAACCAGGGACCAGGAGAUGCAGUGCCCUCACUAGCAGUAAGUGGGCAACUUCCAGUGGAGUCCAUUUGAGUCCCUCAGAAAUAGAGAUAUUGCCUUCUGUGGUGUCUUUGGCAUUCAAAUUUUAGAACACAUCCCAGUCAACUCCAAAAUGGCUGCUAGUCACAGCAUUUCUGUCAGCAUCAAGGUUAUUUGAUGGGCGGCAGUUUGCAGGAGCACAGCGGUAAAGGCAAGAGCACCUUGACUUCUCAUGGCCACCCUGCUCCCCAGCCCACCAGUGCUUACCUAAAAGAGUAACACUGGGAUUAUAAGUAGAAUCAUGUCAUUUUGAGUUUUUAGUUUUGAACCAUAGCCUUUGUUUUAACUACCAGAACACUUGAAAACUUAGUAAAAACAAAAACAAACAAAAAAAAACUUCAUUAAAGAAAAGGUUUCAAAAUAUUUAAAAUAAAAAGUAGUGUCCACUUGUAGGUGGUUUCCGCUCUGUCCCUGAAGAUCUCCGUGCUCCUUCUCCCCAUUGCUGCUCUCCCUUAAUUGUUUCCCCAGCAUUCUCCUGUUCUCACCAAUCAGUGGGUGCUCAACGGUCAUACUCACUCAUGGCUGUUUCCCUUGCUACUGCUGUAAAAGGUCUGCUUAGGACUCAGGCCUCAGGCCAGCCUUGACAAUCUAACAGUGAAAUGGAAUAAAGGACAGAGAGGGUUGGCAGGACUCAGCCUUCCUCUGGAGAUGGAGAGGAGCUCUUUCCCCGGUCCUACAUGGCUCUAGAAUGAGCACAUAUGUGAGAAGGCCUUAAAGUAGCAAAACUAGCCAAGUGCUGGCCAUGAGGACACAUACCUGUAAUGGGGCAAGAGAUUCGCUCUGAAUUCAAGGCCUGCCUGGACUGCAUAACAAGACCUUGUCUCAACACACACACAUGCACACGGACAUACGUGCACGUGCAUCCUAAAUAUUAACUACAUGUGGCUUAGGCCAAAGUCUCUGUAAGUUGUAAUUUUAUAGGUUUUGUCAGGUGUAUUUCAGCAGCCUCUGGCUUCAGCAAGUGCGCCAUAGUUCUGACUUGAUAGUGAACGGUGAACAUGGCCUGUACUACCUUGUAGUAGAACCAUGUGUGUGUGUUUGUGUGUGUGUGUAUGUAUGUGUGUGUGUACACAUACAUACAGAUACACAUCAGAGGGAUCAGAUUCCUUUUGUCAAGGAAUUCCAGAAUGGAUUUUUAAACACCAGUCAAGGACAGAUCAAGGUUGGCUGGUACCACAUGCUUAGACUGUGUGAGGUGAGGACCCUUGUCCAGUCUCCACACCUUCACUUUGAGACAGUAAAAUCUUUUCCUUCAGAAAUGGUGACCCUGCUUUGUUCUGCAAAUCUACCAAAGAUUCUUGUGAAGGGUUUCUCAGCACAGACAUGCGUCCUCCUGCUUCCUUCUUGGUGUUAACUCCAGCCCUUCCAGUUAGCCAUCUAAAGAGGGCUAAGAAAGGACCACAGGUGGCUGGCACAGCAGCUCGGUUCCCUUUGCCAAAACCUCCCAAGUUAGAAAUGGAGUUGUUUGCAUCUGUGGUGAGGGAAUUGACCAGCCAUUGCUUCAGACUCCUUCUCAAGUAAGCACCUUCUUGUGGGUGGCACUGGGAGGACAGUGGUGACCUGCACCACAGAGCCUGCAAGACAUUAUUUUGAGUGGAACAUUUGAUGUCAUUUUUUUAGGGAACAGAAACCAAAUAACAGAGGCCAAGGACCAUUCGUAUUUCAAGGAGGGAAGAUGAGCGCCCUCUGUUGGCAGUAUUUGGAGUUGAUAGAGUGAGGAGCUCUAAGCAGCCUGAAAUUCUUAACAUGCAAACAAUCUUGAGGGGAAACCAGAAGGUCAUUCCUAGCAGUCAUUGUAAUACCUCUCAUUGCAGGCUGUUGGAUUUGCGUUGUUCACUCUGUGUGAUUUAUCUUAUGUAUCUGUUAGUUUUUAUGGAUAGUUGUUUGGGUUGUAAACUCCUAUACUCUUUAUUAAAAUGAACCUAAUUAAGAGA